AGAAUGAACAAAAACCUCGAAAGACCACCGAAAAUGCAUUGAAAUCGAUGCUAAAACAUUGAUGUUCGAGAUUGUCCCUGAUAACUGAGAAUAUUGCCCAAUUGGCUCACCUUCAACAACUUCCUAAACGUUGACAAAAGUCGAAAAUGGACGAAUUUCGGAGCCGUCUCGGAGAAUCGGCAGAAGUGUUGAAGGGUUUGAUGUUCUAGUGCGAUAAGAUAAUGUAACAUAGCUAUAACCGGGCGUGUGGAACAAUCGUGUAUCAACCAGCUUGUGAAAGUUGUGUUUCGGGCAUUAAUCAGCUGUUUCUUCCCGCAUUGCAUUUGGGUGAUCACAACAGUCCAACCUCAGCAUGGCCACCGAGAGCGGGAUGCGCGUUGUGCGACAAUACUCGGACGAGGGACGCAACUUGGCCAUCAGGGCCAUCAGUGAAGCCAACAGCGAGGCAAGUUCUGCCGCGAGAAAUGUUAUGUCUAACCUGCUGGCGCUGCUUCAAAGACUGAAAGACACUGCCAAAGAGGUGGCCGAUCCCACCAUGAUCUACGAGCAGCUGAGGAUACUGUUUCGGGAUGAGAUCUCCCGCAACAACGCCUUCUUCAUCCUGGUUGGGCUCGGGUUCGGAACAACCGGCGGCGUCUUGCUGGGCUUUUGGCUCGCCCGACCCCAUCUGGCCACCCCGAUCAUGAAAUCGAUCGCGUGCACCUCGUUCCGCGAUCCGGACAACGUGGUGGUUUGCAACACUUCGGUGCCUCAAUUUGAAGCUUCCAGCGAUAUUUUGGUGCGCGUUCGAGCUGCCGCCCUGAACCGGAUCGAUCGCCGGAUUGCGUUCGGCUAUGGACGAACGUUGCGUAGAUUGAUACGCAACUACGACGUUAACUAUAAUCCGGAGCUUCCGCUGGUGCUGGGACGGUCGUGUGCCGGAAUUGUGGAGGCCGUUGGGAAGGGCUCGAAGAGUGGGCUGGAGAUUGGAGACGAAGUUUGGCUCGCAGCACAGUGGUACGAGUCGGGUGCGGCUUCGGAACUGGUUGUGGUGCCGGAAACUAGGAUAUCGAGGAAACCGUUUUUGAUUGGGUUUGAAGGAGCUGCCAGCUUACCUUAUAGUGGCUGCAUCGCAUUAAGCUUGAUGGAUUCGCAUGGGCUUACGGAACACACGUGCAAGGGAAAGCGCAUUCUAGUUCAGGAUGCCUGCUCACCCGUUGGCUGCGUAAUUACCCAACUAGCCCACAAAUGGGGAGCCAACGUUGCGGUUACUUGCCAUACUCGAUCGGCACCGGUUAUUCACGAAUUGGAAGAGAGAGGCGCCUCCGACAUCAUCGUGUUCGCCAACGAGCACUUCCGGUCGAACUUUAUCGACGUGAACGUGGAAAAAUCGAACCUCAUCAACGAGCUCGCCAGCCGGGACAAGUUCGACUUUAUCUUUCUGACGACGCGCAUCGCGUACGAUUACAAAUUUCUCGAAAAGUUUCUCGCCAAGCGGGGCGUCAUCGUGGACGCCGUAGAGCCGGAACUGGCCUCGGAUGAGUACGGGCCGCUGAUGCGACUGCUGCUGGGAGUGCUGGUCAAGCUGAAGAAGACGGCGUCGGUGAUCUUUCGAACGCACCCCGACUGGGGUGGUCCACACGUGUGUCACUUGGUGCUGGAUCGACUGGCCGGAUUCGUGAACGACGAAACGCUUAAAACCGUCGUGGAUCGAGUCUACACCCCGAACGAAGUCGAGCAAGCUCUGGAUCAUAUCUGCAGCGAAAAGAGUAUUGGCAGUACCAUUAUUACCUUCCGAUAGGAGCAAACAUACAAUUUCUACCGUGGGAACAACACUUUACAGACAGAACAGAACGCAAACCAUAUACUUACACCAUACUGACUUAAGCAUUACAAAACAACGUUUUCAUCUUGUGGCUACAACUUUACACGCUAUUUGUAUACGUGGUAUUCUCGUCUAAUCAGCUAUACAAAAUAUCUACAGGUUCAUUUUUUAUCUCGUACAAUAUCAGAAUCGAACACCGUUUUUCAAAGUAUACAUUUACACCGUUUUUAAAGUGUGCUUCCUGCAACUUGUGUACAUAAAAGGGUUCCCCCGAUCCUUGCCAUGUAGUGUUAGGUUCGUUGUUUUUUUUCAGUUUUAGUUGUUAACAAUUCUAGCGAAAAUAUUUUCCAAUUAUACAGUCUAGCUCUAAACGAUCAUUGCAAUAAAUGUGACGAAUUAAUCA